ACUAGUUAUGGUUUCUUAAAUAAAUUUUUAAAGAUAAGCUUUAUGGGUUCUCAGGCAGUAGCUCUUUUCAUUUUGCUUAAUAUCACAUUGUUUAUUUGUGUUUCAUCAAAUAAGGUUCCAUGCCCUCCCAAAAUUUCCCCAUCACCUCCUUCAGUCCCAAUGAAGCCAGAGAAAUGUCCUAAAGAUAAGUUGAAGUUUGGUGUUUGUGGGAGCUGGUUAGGGUUGGUUUAUGAGGUUGUUGGGACUAAACCCAGCAAGCAAUGUUGUAAUUUGAUUGAAGGACUUGCUGAUCUUGAAGCUGCAUUGUGUUUAUGUACCGCCAUUAAAGCCAAUGCUUUGGGAGCUAUCAAGCUUGAAGUACCAAUUGCCCUCAGUUUGGUGCUUAAUUCGUGUGAUAAAAAGGUUCCUCGAGGCUUCCAAUGCUAGUAGAGUCUCUCGCUCUCUCACAUUCGGUUCCUCGUCGGCCUCUCCCAGACCCAAUUGAUUUCCUUUUUUUUUUCGGGGAUAAAUUGAAGCAAUAUUGUAGAGAAUAAGUUAUUAAUAAUGAAAUGAAUGAUGUUUUUAGUCC